AUGCCCAGCUCUACUGCGAUGGCCAUUGGGGCUCUUUCUAGCUCCCUCCUCGUGACCUGCUGCCUGAUGGUUGCUCUCUGUAGCUCCACUGCCCCUUUCCAAAAACUGGCCAAGGCUCAAGACAAGCAAGAGAUCAAGAUGAGCCAAGAAAAGAGGGACCACGCAUCAGCCCGGGAGAACCAGAACCAGACAGGACCGGGGAAAACAAGUGAAAUCGGCAGGAAUGGUAGAGAGGAGGGUACCAGAGACUGGAAGAACAAGAGCAGCAGAAAUUAUUCUAAUAAGGAAUUUUGGACUAAACAAAAACAAGCCGUGAGUAGCCAGGCAACCAGCGUUAAAUUUGGGAGCCUCCAAGCCCGAGAGCAGAUGGAUGGUGUUCAAGAGGAGCUUCCGGUUGCGGAAGAAUCCUCCUUUUUGGAUGCCGUUGCGAGUACGACCCCGGAACCUCCGGAGGAGUACGCUUAUCCGGACUACCGUGGGAAAGGCUGUGUGGAUGAGAGUGGCUUCGUAUAUGCUAUCGGGGAGAAGUUUACACCGGGUCCCUCUGCUUGCCCUUGCCUUUGCACGGAAGAGGGCCCGCUGUGCAUUCAGCCCGAGUGCCCUAGGCUCCACCCCCGAUGCAUUCACGUGGACACUAGUCAGUGCUGCCCGCAGUGCAAGGAGAGGAAGAACUACUGCGAGUUCCGGGGGAAAACCUAUCAGACCCUGGAAGAGUUCAUGAUGUUAAUACUGACCAUGAUGGAAGUGGUGGUGAUGGUGAUAAUGGUGGUGAUGGUAAUGGUGGCAGCGGCUCCUAAUUGA